GACUUCCAUGGCCUCACUCCUCCCAAGCUCGACGAUGCAUCGUGGAACUUCGGGAAUCCUGGCAGCUCCGGCCAUCCAGAGUUUUGCUCGCGACCGUGUCUGCAUGUCUUCAGGGAGGGCGGGUGCUCUCGCGGUGUGAUGUGUGGCCACUGUCACUUGCAUCAUUCGCAUCGUACCAAGUUGGAUCAGUUACAACGAGCCUACCUCAACCACUUGAAGGAUGAAGAGCGGCUCGCCGUGUUUGUGCCACUUAUUCGGCGAAGGGCCUCGCAGAUGGGCCUUUUGCCAGUCGUCGAGAAGAUCGUGGAGAUGCUUGAGACAGAGGCCGCGCCGCACAACAAGACAGUGCCACCAAACAUUCCUCGGUGCCUGCAGAAUGUUGUGCAGAGAAUGCCGCUGAAUCAGCUCAUCUUCUGGUCCAUGCGCAAGCUCCCCGAGCGUGUGCAAGUUGCCUUGCAGUCGACGAAAUCAAGCAUGAGAUCUCCGCAACUCUUGGUCGGACACCGAGGGCCCUCCAUCUUGCUAUGA